AUGAACAAAGGCAAAGUCAGCAAGGAAGUACAGAAAGAGAUAAAGGCAAUAUUCUGGAACACGGCAGGAAUUGCAAGGAAAGACGAGGAGUUUUGGGAGUACAUACAGGAUUUUGAUAUAAUUAACUUUACGGAGACGUGGAUAGAGGAGAAGCAAUGGAAAAAAAUGGAAGCCCUGAUGCCAAAGGAAUACAACUGGGUAACACAGUACGCAGCAAGAGACAAGAAAAGGGGCAGAGGAGUGGGAGGCAUGAUAACAGGAGUGAAGAAAAACAUCAGGAUGGAGGAAGUACAAAAAGAAACACAAGGAAUAAUUAGUUAUGGUGUAGAAAUCAACGGAGGAAAAUGGAAAAUUAUCUCAAUUUACAACAGAGAAGGAAAGAAGAAGUCACUAGAAGAACUGGAAGAGAUAAUCGAAGGCGAUGGAUGGAAAAAAAUGAUAGUGGGAGGAGAUUUCAACGCUAGAACAGCAGAGAAAGGAGAAAUAGUUUGGGAUGGAGAGGAGGAAGGAAGUAGGAGAUACUCGAAGGACAAAAUAAUGAACAAACAAGGAAUUGAUCUACUGGAAAAAAUAGAGAAGCUGGGACUAGAAAUAAAAAGUUUCAGGAUAGGAGAAAGGACUGAAUCAGACCAUCAACCUUUAGAGAUAGAACUGAAAGCGACAACAGAGGAGAUAAGAGAGAGAGAAGAAGUAAAAGAGAAAGAGAUAGAAGAUUGGACAGAGGAGGGAAUAAAAGUAUACCAAGAAAAUCUCAAGAAGAGGAAAGCAGAAAAGGAAGAAAUCCAAGAGGAAUGGGAAGAACUAGUAGAAGAAAUCAAGAAAGCAAUAAGCAAAAAGAAAGUCAAGAACAAAAUGCAAAAGGUAGGAAAGAAACCUUGGUGGGACAAAGACUGCAGAAACAGUAAAACGAAACUGAACCGAUCCCUCAGGCAAAUGAGAAAAGGAAACAUAAAGAGGACAGAAUUUAUAGAAGAAAAACAAAGACACAACAAGCUCUGCGAAACAAAGAAGAAGGAAGAGAGAGAAAGAGAGCAGACCAAAAUCGCAGAGAUACAAAAUGAAACAGAAAUAUGGAGAUAUAUAAAGAAGGAGAGAGGCCGACGAGAAAAGCCAGAGGACAACAUUGAGGAGCAACAAUGGAAAAGAUACUUCAUGGAACUACUGGAGGGAGGUGAGACGAGAGGAAAUAACGAUGCACGAAACGUGCGAGAAGCAGGAGGUAAUCAAGAAAUGCCACGAGAGGAAGAAACAAAGGAGGAGGAAGAGGGAUUCACAGAGGAAGAGAUGGAAAACGCAAUAAGAAGACUCAAGAAGAAAAAAGCAACAGGUGAAGACAGGCUCAAAAACGAAGUGUGGAUAAACGCAGAUAGGGAAACAAAAGAAAAAUUGAGGAAAAUAAUGGAAAAAAUAUGGAACGGAGAGAAACUGCCAAGAGGAUGGAAAGUAGGCAUGAUAUACCCAAUACAUAAAAAAGGAGACAAAAAAGAAGUGAAAAACUACAGAGGGGUAACAUUACUAGACACGGCAUACAAAAUCUAUGCAAUGAUUCUGGAAGAAAAACUGAGGAAGGAAGUUGAGAGACUAAAGCUGCUUCCAGAAACGCAAGCAGGUUUCAGAAAAAGGAGAAGUUGCAUAGAUAAUAUAUUUGCACUGAAAAUAAUAGCGGAAAAAACGAUAACGAAAAAGAAAGGAAAAUUCUACGUCUUUUUUGCGGACCUGAAAGCAGCGUUCGAUAAGGUGAACAGAAAGAAGCUAUAG